GCAGAAAAUGAAGAAGCUGACUCUUCAAAGUUUUUAACAGUAUUUAAAAAAAAAAAAAAAGAAACGAUGAAGGUUGAGCGAGAUUUUCUAAAUGAGCUUGUUUUAGACCAUGAGGACUUGAAUAGAAUGGAAUCAUUUAAAAUAGUAUCAGUGUUUGCAGUUAUUUUUGCUGUCCUGCUUGUACAAGUUAUACUUGGUACAUACCUGUACAAUCGUUGUACAAAUCCCAAAACUGAUGGAGCUGUUGAAGCAGAGGAAGGGCGUGUAGGAAAAGAUGCAAAUGCAGAUGAAGAGGCAAGUAAGGAGGGAGAUGAAGAGGUAGAGGAAGAAGAAGAAGAGGAAGAGGCAGAGGAGGAGACCGAGGAAGAAGAAGAGGAAGAUGCUGAAACAGAAGGUAAAUAUUUUGGCAAAAUGUUGUACUGUACCUGAAAGGUUAUAUCAUGGGGU